CGCGAAUAGAACUCUAGCCUUUUCUCUUUCCUUUUUGUUUCCCGGCAUGAGGGUUCUCCCUGGUCUCGUCGUCUCCUGUUUCGCAGGUGUCGCGGCGUCAUCGACAGUCUACGAGCUCUACCACGACCAUUCCGAUGACGCAACGUCAGUAUCGCCUGAAGAACUUGCUCUCUCUUUAUCGGAGCGUUUAGGUGUUUCGAGGUAUUAUGAGUUGGGGCCACAAGGGAAUCCACCGCGAUUGGACUUGGAUGGGGGAAAGUCGAGGAUGUUUCGAGCGCGGAUUGAGGAAGACUUUGUGCUCUCAAUCGCCGGAGCAUAUGGUAUCGGAGCUACUCAGCCGGAAAGUACACAGAUCGGUCUCAGGGAUAUGCCCAAGGCGUCGGCAUUCGGCGAGUUAAUGGAUGUCUUCGUCCGGAAGAACCGUCAGUUUUUGGAGGCUGCUGUGCCAAGGGUUGUGGAUAUGUCACCGUGGGGCGGAAUGUGCGUGGGUGUUUCCGAGAAUGAAAUCAGCCUUGACCCCAAGGAAUAUACACCCACCAUCGAGGUUUCCGAGGAUGAUUAUGGUACACCUUCGGAAGCAGCCAACCUUCUCAGGGAAUAUGGCAUCAUCAAAAAGAUUACCCAGCGAGAUAUUAGGUCCUUGCCUGGACAACAUCUUGCUUCUUGCCAUGUUGCGGGUGUAGAGAAAUACGUCAAGCAAUACGGCCCAGAGUCCAAACAAGCACUUAACGCAGCACAACUAUACCUAUCCCUAAUUGACGACAUCCCAGCACAUAUCAGGUCUACCAUCCUCCUCCUCCCAGCAACCAAAAGCAAUACGGGUGUUAGUGCCUUCAAGAUAGAUCUUCACAAGGCAUACAAACGCUCCGAGGAAGAACCCCUCUCCUUCACCGCCCACUCCCCGCCACCCGCUGAGGCAACCUCUGCUUCCUCUGAAAACCCAAAAAGAAUCCUCGGUCCCAUCCCUCGCUGCUACUCUUCCCAGAAUAGCUGCACAAACGCAACGAAUGCCUGCUCCGGUCGUGGCGAGUGCGUAAAGUCGAGCUUUCCGACUGACUGCUGGGCCUGCUCGUGCAAGGGACCCGAUGGGAAGAAGAUGGAUAAGUGGGCCGGGGCUGCGUGUCAGAAGGAAGACAUUAGUGUUCCCUUUAACCUGUUCCUUGUGCUUGGCAUCGCCAUCAUCUUUGUAUCAAUCUGGGCUGUUGGGUUGCUGUAUAGCAUUGGUGAUGAGCCACUGCCCAGCGUUCUCAGUGCGGGGGUUGCUCCGGCCAAGAGAGGAUAAUUCGGAUUAUUCACUAUUAUUGUUACUAUGCAUAUGCCUUUGUUGCUUUCCCUUCCCUUGUCUUGUUGGUAUUAUUAUUUUUCCUCUUAUACACUGUUCAUCUAUCGCUGUAUUUUUUUUAUUUGGUUUGGUCGUUGAGGUGAGGGGGGGAGCUGGAUAUCAUUUGUGGAUCGGACUGGAUUGAGAAAAUGUAACCGUACGACUACCGUAUUGCACGUAUUGCACGUAUUGCACGUUGGAGGGGCCGGAUCUUGUGUGGGAAGAACAAAAAAAGAGGAGGCCAGUGGGUCAGCGGGAAACGUGGUAUCCUCCAGUGCACUGUGCUGUAGACUAUAUAUAAUCGGCUCCACAUCUUGAUCUUGAAAUGAGUUAUCCCUUCGUUCCAGAAUUUCACAGCCUUACUCCGUAGUGCCUAUUUUCCCCUUCGAUCCGCAAAAACUAGGCUCAUAAAGGUAUGGCUUUGGUCACUCAAUAGGGACCUGGCCAAUGGAAUGAACCCGAAGAGUUAAUCCAUCUCUUCCCGGGGUAACAAUACCACCACCCUAUUCCUAUUCAGCUCAAAAGCGAAGUCCUAGACACCGCACAGCCGAAAGGUCCAUACGUAAUCCAAACCAGCAGAAAUACAACUUCGAGCACGACAUGACAUUCGUAAUCGAAAGACGUUUGUGAACACAACUGCCAAAUGCACACUACCAAAAUCCAGCCUUUCCCGCUUGCAUCCCAGCGCCAUGCAACAGUAAUCGUAUCCACAAACGCCCGUUCAACCACGAGCACCGUACUACCGCAGACUAAUCUUUGGUAAUCAAGAGGGAGGUAGAGAGAGGGUGCGAAACCCUGUAAUCUAGAUGGGAUGAGAUGAGAUGAUCUACAAACCCUAACCCGCACCUUCUCAUCUUGCAGAGAAAGAAGGCUGAAACUGCAUAAUAUAUCGCGCACACCGUACUUGUAUGUAUACAUGCCGGUAAUAAUGUCAGACUUAGGGGAGGCGGGGGGGUUAGGAGUUCGGGUCGGGUGUGUGCAGCACUGUAUGAAGAUUGUGUGGGAUUGUGGGAUUUGAAAUUGUACGGUAUUGUAUGGUGAGGUGAGGUGACAGUAGCGAUAAGUUAAGGGGGGAAAGGAA